AAAAUUUUAUUCAAAAAAAGAAGUAUUAUAUAUUGAUUUAAAUUGCGAAUAUAGGCAUCUGUCAGCUAAUCAUAAUUUUGUUACAGUGGAUAGAAAAAAUAUAUUAAAAAGUUCAUUUAAUAGUCUAAAAAACGUAGAUUUGAAUUGUUUGAGAGCUAACAACGUUUAUAUUAGUUUUAAAGAUGAGAUAGGCCAAGAUGUGGGAGGGUUGAGUAGAGACUGGUUAAACUCAGUACUAAAAUCGUUAUUAGAUAAUGGCGCAGGAUUAUUUGUACAAGCUUCUAGUUAUCCAGGUAAUAUUAUUCCAAAAUGCUUGGCGCAAGACAAUUAUUCUAAUCUUAUCUAUUAUAAAUUCUUAGGUAGAUUAUUGGGUCUGUUGAUAGUUAAAAAACAUAAUUAUAAUAUCCAAUUUGAAAAAUUGAUAUAUAAAAAAAUUUUAAAUAUACCGUGUACAAUAUCUGAUUAUUGUGCCGCAGAUUCAGAGUUUUUCAAUAAUCUUGUUAAAUUAAAAAGUUGUGAAGAAGCUUUGUUUGAAUUUACUGCAAGUUCAGGUAAAGAAUUACUUAAAGGAGGUCAAAAUAUUAAAGUCGUAAAAGACAACGUAAAUCUUUACAUUGUAUUAACGUUAUUGGAUAAAUAUGAAGCAUCAAUAAAUACGGCUGUUGAGUACAUUAAGGAGGGAUUUUAUGACAUAAUACCUCAAAAAUUUCUUAGUAAUUGGAAUGCUGAUGAACUAGAAUUGUUACUUUGUGGUAAAGAAUUGAUUGACAUUAGUUACUGGAAAAGACAUACACAAUAUGAAGGAUAUUUACCAAAUGAUAAAGUCAUUGUAUGGUUUUGGGAAUAUGUAGAAACAUUAUCGGAUGAAGGCCGAUCUCGUUUAUUAAAUUUUGUAACCGCAUGCACCCGUAUUUCAGCUGAUAGAUCAAAUUCGGAUUCUGGUAGACAAGUAAACGAGGAUAGAAUUAUGACCAUUAGUAGGGUUAAUAAUGAAU